AUGACUUUGUUGCCAGCACUGCUUCUCUGGUCAGCAGGUCUGGCUGAUAACGAUUGUACAUCCAAAAAUCGUUUUCUUUGCAGAUUAGAUUUACAAAAUGAGUGUAACAAUAUCCCUCCAAAUUGCUCACAAACCUGUACAGACAAAGACGUUGGAUUUCAAUGCGGAUGCAGGUCUGGAUAUGUCAUCGCGUCAGAUAAAGUCACGUGCAAUGAUCUUGACGAAUGCGCUUUGAAUAAGUGUAGCCAUAAUUCCAACGAAACGAGUCGAAAUUCACCAUAUGCUUGUGUAAAUACAGUUGGAAGCUACGAGUGUGGUUGUAAUGUGGGUUACAGACAAUCAGUAGACGGGUCCACUUGUGAGGAUGUUGAUGAAUGUUCAACUUCUGUCAGCAUAUGCGAACAUUCGUGUAACAACACUUCCGGAAGCUUCCUCUGUACGUGUCACCAUGGCUACGUCCUUGACACAGACGGGAAACGCUGUCUUGAUGUCAAUGAAUGCAAUAACCACAACGGGCACUGUCAACACAUGUGUGUCAAUUUAAAUUCUUCAUAUAACUGCGAUUGCUUUUCUGGAUUUAUUCUAAGUGAUGAUAAUACAUCUUGCAAUGAUAUUAACGAGUGUAUGACGAACACGCCUCUGUGUGAGCACAUCUGUACAAAUAAUAAGGGUUCGUACGAGUGUUCCUGCAAAAAUGGGUACGUUCUGCAACAGGAUAAUUAUUCCUGUGUGGAUUUUGAUGAAUGCAGUGAACAGUCAUAUCAAUGUAUGCAUUUCUGCCGCAACUUAAACGGAUCUUACGAGUUUUGUGUGGACAAAGCUUUUGGAUAUGAAUGCGUUUGUAGAGAUGGGUAUACGUUAGCAAAUGAAGGUUCAGUGUGUGUAGACGUGAAUGAGUGCCAGCUAGAAUUAUGUGAUCAGUUAUGUAAUAAUACUCCAGGUUCGUACAACUGUAGCUGUCUCUCGGGAUACCAUCUUGCCAUUGACAGACACAGUUGCCAAGAUAUUAACGAAUGUGAUUUAGGGGUAUGCAAUCAUACUUGCACAAACCACAACGGUAGUUUCACAUGCGCAUGUCAACCAGGGUUUCUUCUGGAAACAGACAAUACUACUUGCAAGGACUUCGACGAAUGCGAGGCGGAGCAAACACCCUGCGAACAAAACUGUAGUAACGCAGAAGGCACAUUUUCCUGUAGUUGCAAUCGUGGAUAUACACUAAUGUUGGAUAACAGAACAUGUGAAGCUAUCAACUUUUGUCUACAAAGUACAUGCCCCGGUCCGUGCAUAAACACAGAAGAAGGUUAUUUAUGUGGUUGCCAUGAGGGCUUUGAGAGUGUUCAAAGCCAGUGUAUCGAUGUAGAUGAAUGCACAAGAGGAAUCCACAAAUGCUCCCAGACUUGUCAGAACACGGAAGGCAGCUACAACUGCUCAUGCAUGCAAGGAUAUAAAACAUCAACAAACAAUACACAAGUCUGUGAAGAUAUCAAUGAAUGCGCUGAUGACCACCUACAUAUUUGUAGCCAAAUCUGUUUGAACACACAAGGCUCAUAUUCAUGCUCGUGCCAGAAUGGGUUUAUUCUAGACCAAAGAGACAACAAAUCUUGCACUGUAAUAAACGACUGUGACAAUGAUACAAAUACUUGUCAGCCCAGCUGUAACAACACUUCAGAUUCACUGUCCUGCUCAUGUCCUUCAGGAUAUGUCCUUCAAGCAGAUGGAUUGUCCUGUGUGGUGACAACCGAGCCACACGAAUGCCCAUGCAAUUGCCGCUCUUACAUGUUGCUGAAAGCAUUUUUGCCUGAACUAUUUGCUCAAGAAAUUAAAGGCAUUCAACGGAAUAUUAGUAUUGAUAAAGCUACAACAUCGUUAGCGUUACGUAAGAAAUCAAGCAUACAGAACAUCCAGACAUCAGCAAAAGCUGUUGGAGGAACCGGUGUAGUGAUUGUAACUAUAUUCUUUAGUGUGAUAGUUUGUUCAGAUGUGGUGAGCUUUGGUAGGUAUGUACUGUUCAAGUACAGAAGACGCCGUGGUAGAAGAUCCGUGAUCAAAAUAAAAACUUGA